AUGAUACUAAAUUUAAUACCCUUACUGUUAGUCGCGGUUGCGGCUUAUUACCUUUACAAAAAAUUCAUCGCUGAAAGAUUAGACUCACCCCAAAAUAAUCCAACUGCCAAAGAUAAGGCUGACAAGGCUAAGGAAAAGUUAGAGCAAAAAGAAAGUAAACUCCAAGAAUUAAAAGAUAUCGAGACUAAUCUGGCUGAUUUAAAAGUGGUCGAUAAGGGCGGCAUAAUUGCCCUCACUACCUACUUCACGGCCAAAAAAGGCAUUGAAGCCUUUGGUAGCACUCCUGCUAAUCGUGCCGAACAAUUAGGUAUCCCCAAAGAACGCCUACCCGAACACCGCCAAAAAUAUCUGGAUAAUCGUAAAGAAUAUCUAAAUGAACGCCAAGAAACCCACAAAAAAGAGUUAGAUGAAUUAUAUAAAAAAGUAGAAAAGUUGCAAGAAGAAAAAACCCAAGUAGCGGCUCAGAUUAAUGAAACUAAUGAUAGUCAAGAAAAAGCUAAAUUGCAGGCUCAAUUAGCCUCUUUAGAAAAUCAACUCAAAGAUGUCAAAGGCCAAAUUAGCAAAAAAGAGAAACAAAUUGCUAAUGAUGAAAAAGCGAUUGAUGACUUGUUUAAGGAAAUUAGCAAUGAUACUUCUUUAACUCCGGAACAAGUGCAAAAAUUGGAAACUAAGCGAAAAAUGGAAGAAACCCAGGCCGAAAUCCGCAAAUUAGAGUUGCAAAACCAGAAAGAGAUUAAUGAAAAAAAUCAAGAAACUUUAUUAGAAAUUGAAAGAAUUAGGGCUGAAGCUAAAAAAGUUAACCAAGAAAAAGUAAAAAGGAUGAUUGAAGAAAAUAAUAAGCAAAUAGUAGAAAGCAUUGGUGAAAAGACUAGCAAAUUAGAAGAACAGCAAGUGCAGAUUGCGGCUGAUUUAAAAGAUGCUCGCCAAAAGGGUGAUAAAAGGGCCGAGCAAAUUGCCUUAAAAGCGAUGGCCGAAGUGAAUAAGAAAUUAGGGUUAGUGAAAGGAGUAGCGACUAAUUUAAUAACUGGUAAAGAUAUCGAUGAAUUAGCCCAAACUACUGACCAGCCUUGA